CCGCUCAGUUUCGCUGGUUUUGGAUUCACACUGUAGACGUGGAAAGCCAGUUUGCACAGUUUAACCUUAUUUAUGAUGAACAUUAGACAUUUUUAAAAAACAAUAUGCUGGAUUUUGCUAUCUUUGCAGUGACAUUUGUCAUUAUUUUAAUCGGUGCCGUCCUGUAUUUAUAUCCGUCAUCUAGAAGAGCCUCAGGUAUACCUGGACUAAACCCCACAGAGGAAAAAGACGGAAACCUGCAGGACAUAGUGAGCAAAGGCAGCCUGCACGAAUUCUUGGUGGGUCUUCAUGAUGAGUUUGGAUCCGUGGCAUCUUUCUGGUUUGGUGGGAGACCGGUGGUCAGCCUGGGUGCCGUGGCCCAACUACAGCAACACAUCAACCCCAACCGGACCACGGAUUCGUUUGAGACCAUGCUAAAGUCGUUGCUACGUUACCAACCAGGUUCAGGAGCAGAAGUGAUGAGAAAGAAAGUGUAUGAGGGAGCCAUCAAUAAAACUUUAGAGAAUCACUUUCCUAUUCUGCUUCAGCUGGUGGAGGAAAUAGUUGAUAAGUGGGCAUCCUAUCCCAAAUCACAGCACACCCCCCUGUGUUCACAUCUGCUUGGAUUGGCUAUGAAAGCUGUCACUCAGCUUGCCAUGGGGAGUCGCUUUCAGGACGAUGCAGAGGUCAUUUGCUUCCGCAAGAACCAUGAAGCGAUCUGGUCAGAGAUUGGCAAGGGUUAUCUGGAUGGAUCACUAGAGAAGAGCUCCAGCAGAAAAGCCCAUUAUGAGAGCGCGCUGGCCGAGAUGGAGUCAGUGUUGAAGUCUGUGGUAAAACAGAAGGGUCAAGGGUCUGAUCAAUCCUCUUUUGUUAACUGUCUACUACAGGCCAAUCUGACAGAACGACAGGUGAUGGAAGAUGGUAUGGUUUUUACUCUAGCUGGCUGUGUCAUCACUGCUAACUUGUGCAUCUGGGCAGUACACUUUCUGUCAGUAUCAGAGGAAGUGCAGGAGCGGCUCUAUCAUGAGCUUGAUGAAGUGUUGGGGGAAGACCCUGUCACCCUGGAGAAGAUUCCUCAGCUCAGAUACUGUCAGCAGGUUCUGAAUGAAACCGUACGCACAUCCAAACUUACACCAGUAGCUGCCAGAUUACAGGAGGUGGAGGGGAAGGUGGACCAACAUGUCAUUCCUAAAGAGACAUUGGUUAUUUAUGCGCUGGGUGUCGUUCUUCAGGAUGCGGAUACUUGGUCACUUCCAUACAAGUUUAACCCCGACAGAUUCGCUGAUGAAUCAGUGACGAAGAGCUUCUCACUGCUGGGGUUUUCUGGAAACCAGGCCUGCCCUGAACUCAGGUUUGCAUACACCGUGGCCACAGUGCUGCUGAGCACCCUGGUGCGCAGGUUAAGACUGCACAAAGUUGAAGGGCAGGUGGUUGAGGCCAGGUACGAGCUGGUGUCCACACCCAAAGAUGACACCUGGAUUACGGUCAGCAACAGGAAGUAACGGAGUCUUCAGGGAAAUGAUGUCAAUAUGUUCUGCCGAUGUGGUGGUGUUGUGGGUUUACAAAUGUGAACUGCGGGGUUGGGCUGCAGUAGACGAGAUCAAAUUAAAAUUCUAUUGUGCCGUUUAACAUUUCAGCUUUUUGGUUCCAACAUUUUUUACUUGGAACACAUUUCUUCCAUGCUGUAUAAUGAAAGAUCAUUGUUUCAUAAUUAUGUUUGAUUUGCAAUCCUCUAUGCUAAUAAACAGGAAAAACAA